AUGGAUAUGAUCGCUUCUAGUGGAAGAGUAAGUGAGCGACUGAUAAAGGUGGUGGCUGCAACAAAGGAUUCAUUUGUGGAAUAUGAUUGGGCUACGUUUGUGGUGCAAGAGCUGUCGAAGGAGAUGGAAGAUUAUUUGAGGGUUGUGAGGAAGCAGGAUGGCAGCUGCAAUGUUGGUGGAUGCAUAUACCUGUUACUGCUAUAUUUGCUUGAGUAUUUUCCUAUAACUGAAAGUGCAAAGCAUGACCACACUGAGGCCAUAUCAUUCUGGACGGAUAAGAGGGUCAACGAAAUGAGUAAUAAAGAAAGAAAGAGCCGUAUUGGACUUCUCUAUUCAGAAGGGCGUGCUGGAGUGCCUGAUAAUAAGGGAGGAAGCGAAUCUGUACCUUAUCUAGACCCGGAGUUGAAGGAUUUGCGUGAGAGGUUGGUGGGGAUGAUUAGAGAAAAUAGCAACAAACUUGUGGCUAUUGUUGACAAUGAGCUGAUGAAGGUACAGCUGGAAAGGGAGUACAGGCCGAAAUCUAACAAUAAAAGGCAUGUACGGCCCUAUGAGGAAGAACAACUUGAAGGUGAAGCUGAUGGAGAAGAUGAUGGCGAGAAGGACAAGGAUGGUGAUGCAGAAGAUGAUGGUGAGAAGGACAGGGAUGGUGAUGGAGAAAAUGAAGAUUCUGAGCAUGAUAUUGAGGAGGAAGAAGGUGAAGAGGAAGAUAUUGAACAAGUAUCAUUGCAAUUAUCUCCUAUCACCAUCAUUCACCCAGAUGCUGAAGGAGGAGCAUCGGAUGAAGAGGAAGUACUGGACAAGGCAGAACAAGUAAGAAGAUCGAAAAGGCCGAUGAAGCCCGCCCCAAAACUACAGUCUCCCUGGGUUGUGCCAAAGGUUGUGAAGAGAACAAACCGGAAGAUGGAUGACAAGGAAAAAUUUUUCAUCACUGUCUCCAAAAUGUGCAGUUCAGCUGAUGGUGACAAGAGGUUGGUUGAGUUGUAUGACUUCCAUGUAACUCGUGAUGAUCUAAGGUCAUUGGGUGGAAUGCAUAGAGUUAGUAACCAUGUCAUGUCAAUGGUGUGCCACAUGCUGAUGGGAGAAAUAAAAGAGGGGGGUGGACAAGUUAGACGACACAUAUUUGAUGCCUACUUUAUGUCCAAACUUUGUAGUCCAGGGUGGAGUGUUGCAGUGAGCAAGAAGGAACUACAAGAGGAACAUGUUGGUUACAACAUUGGGGAUUGUGACUUGAUUUUGGGACCAGCACUUGUAGACCAACACUGGUUCUGCUUUGUGCUGGAGCCGAAGGUCAUGAACUUCUACGUGCUGGAUUCACUGAACGUAUAUGUUAGUGGGCAGCCAAAGAAAAAGAACAAGCAGAAGGGAACAAUUGUUGACGAUAUGGAAAAGUUCCACAACAUUUGUCGGGACCGGUUUCACGAUAUUAUAGAAUUGGUUCAGCCAAAGUUGAUUGGGAAGAAGCCAAAGCCUGAUAUAAUUUAUCCUGAUGUUGCAAAACAAAACAACAUCAAGGACUGUGGAGUCUAUGUUAUGCUAUGGUUAAAAUCGUGGCAUCCACAGGCAGCGCUUAAUUAUACUCCUGAUCAAGUGGCUCAAUUUAGGCGUGAUCUAAUGUGGUGGAUGGUUAAUCAUCCUAACAAUGCAUGUCGUGAUGCUGCCUUAACACUAUUGGAGGAACAAGAAGAUACUAGAAAAAGCAAACGACAGCGAUCAACUCAAUAG